UCAAAUCAUCCUCUGCUUCUUGAGGGUCAUGAGAAAGACUCUUCGAUCGGGAAUGUGGUGACGGCGAAAGGAGCGAUGUUGAGCUCGCCUGACAAGAGUGCAUUCUCGAAGAGAUGUGACCGAGCCAGUGCUGCUGCAAAGAAACGGCGUCAUUGAACGACUUGUUACACAACGCGCAGGGCAGACACAACUGCUCAUCUUCCCGAAUUCUUUUCAGAUCAGAAGCAGACUCAAGUUGUGAUAGAUCAAUGCUAA